GACAACAAUGCGAUCAAUCGAAAAAUCCUCAAAACCCAGCUGGAUAAAUUAGGUUAUAAUUAUUUAGCAGCAGAAAAUGGAAAGGAAGCAAUUGAUUUGGUACGGACGCAGUAUGAGAAUAGCCAAGCGAGUGGCGUGGAUAGUUCUCAGUCGUUAGAGUCCAAACUGGGGAUAUCGUUAAUUUUGAUGGAAUGUGCAAUGCCUGUCAUGUCAGGGUUUGAAGCAACACGAACACAAUCAGGGACGCGCGAACAAUGUCUAGAGGCGGGUAUGAAUGACUGUCUAAGUAAACCACUCAAGAUAAAAAAAUUGAAGAAGCUGAAUGAGUGGUUGGGUGGUGAGAAUUAA